UUCUAACUACAUAAUAUUCAAAUUUCUAUUCGACAUGGGAACAGCUCAAAAUGCUUACAAUGAAUGGCGCAACAAAUAUCUAAGAUCAUAUCAAGAUGGUUUUUAUGUUUAUUACAAGGAAGCAAAGGAAAAAUUACCGGAAAUGACUUGCUCAGAAGCUCAUGGUUAUGGUAUGUUGGCAUCUGUAUUGAUGAGGAAUCAACCUGACUUUGAUGGAUUAUAUCGAUACUUUAUGCGAUUCCGUAAUCAAAAAGGAUUGAUGCAAUGGCAACAAAAAACUGGUCAUGGAGGACAAUUUAUUCCUGGCGAUGAAGGGGGAACCAAUUGUGCCACUGAUGGGGAUGUAGAUGUUGCCACAGCACUCUUUUUAGCCAAACGAGUAUGGAAACGAGGUGGACCACAAGGGGAAAUUGAUUAUGGACAGGCAGCCACUGAAUUGGCGGGAUGUAUCUGGCAACAUUGUAUUAAUCACACGACAUAUAUGCCAUUGGUGGGAGAUUGGGCUGAUCCUAGUGAUGAUGCUUACAAUUUAACUCGACCUAGUGAUUUCAUUCUUAGUGGUUAUUUGGUAUUUUAUCAAGAAGAUCUAGCAAGACAACAACAAUGGGGUCAAGUGAUUAAUGCCAUUAUUUCUUCAACACAAACACAAUUAUCUCUUAAUCCACAAACAGGUCUGAUUGCUGACUUUUUGAAAUUGGAUCGACAACAAGUCUAUUUACCAGCCAGAGGUCAAGUACUAGAAAGUAAGCAUGAUGGAGAUUAUAAUUGGAAUUCAUGUCGUGUACCUUGGCGACUUGGACAUUAUUAUAUGCUGACAAGAGAUGAACGUAUAAGAGGUGUAUUGGAAACUCAAGCUCAUUUCUUUGCUGGUCAACUUGCUCGAGGUCAUGGUGAAUGCGGUAUCAAGGCGGGUUACAAACUGAAUGGCCAAUGCAUUGCUGACUAUACAGAUAUGGCAUUUGUUGCUCCUGUCAGCUUUUUGUUUUGGGUUUUGGGUUGGCAAAAUCAAUUACAACAAAUUCUUGGUGAUAUGAAUAAUAUGGUGGCCGACAAUACUUACUUUGGUGAAUCUAUUGCUUUACUUUGUUUAUUACAAGCCAAUGUAGUUUAUUAGUUUCAAUAGCUAAAAAUAAAAAAAAUCAACAAUGUUACACCAUCUUUUUA